AUGAAGCGCUCUUUGCAUGGGGAUGGGGAUCACCCUGAGAUUGCUGUGACACUGCAUGCGCUGGGCAACUUGAGCCGGCAGGCUGGAGAUCUCACUCAAGCGAAGCAGAACUUCGAUGAGUCCUUGCGAAUGAAGCGCUCUUUGCAUGGGGACGGGGAUCACCCUGAGAUUGCUGUGACACUGCAUGCGCUGGGCAACUUGAGCCGGCAGGCUGGAGAUCUCACUCAAGCGAAGCAGUACUUCGAUGAGUCCUUGCGGAUGAAGCGCUCUUUGCAUGGGGACGGGGAUCACCCUGAGAUUGCUGUGACACUGCAUGCGCUGGGCAACUUGAGCCGGCAGGCUGGAGAUCUCAAUCAAGCGAAGCAGUACUGCAAUGACUCCUUGAGAAUGAAGCGCUCCUUGUAUGGAGACACGGAUCACCAUCAGAUUUCUGUGACGCUGAAUGAGCUCGGUAAUUUGAGCCGGCAGGCUGGAGAUCUCACUCAAGCGAAGCAGUACUUCGAUGAGUCCUUGCGAAUGAAGCGCUCUUUGCAUGGGGUCGGGGAUCACCGUGAGAUUGCUGUGACACUGCAUGCGCUGGGCAACUUGAGUCGGCAGGCUGGAGAUCUCACUCAAGCGAAGCAGUACUUCGAUGAGUCCUUGAGAAUGAAGCGCUCCUUGUAUGGGGACGGGGAUCACCCUGACGUUGCUGAGACGCUGCAUGAUCUGGGGAACUUGAGUCGGCAGACUGGAGAUCUCAAGCAAGCAAAGAAAUACUUGGAUGAGUGCUUGAGAAUGAUUCGCUCCUUACAUGGAGACAGGGAUCACCCUGACAUUGCUGCAACACUGCAUGAGCUGGGCAACUUGAGUCAGCAGGCUGGAGAUCUCACUCAAGCGAAGCAGUACUUCGAUGAGUCCUUGCAAAUGGGCCGCUCUUUUCACGAGGACAGGGACCACCCUUACUUGUACAUUGCUGGAACGCUCCGUGAGCUGGGCAGUUUGAGUCGAGAGACUGGAGAUCUCAGGCAGGCGGAACAAUACUAAGCUACGAUGAGUCCUUAGAUUGCUGUGACGUGCUGUGACGCUGCAACGUGAGUCGAGACUGCUUGGCCCAGGGCAGCCCUCAAUAAGAGGUGUGGUGCUGAGUGACUCGAUCCCCUCA